AUGUUCUGCAUUAUUUAUACCUCCAACGUGUUCAUGUUAAUACAGCAAUUUGAAUUCUUAUUCUUCUAUUCUGUCCACAUCUAUCUAUCUAUCUAUCUCAGUCUCUUCAUAUCUAUCUAUCUAUCUAUCUAUCUAUCUAUCUAUCUAUCUAUCUACCUAUCUAUCUCAGUCUCUUCAUAUCUAUCUAUCUAUCUAUCUAUCUCUAAUAACAUCUAUGUCAGUCUUUUAACAUCUAUCUAUCUAUCUAUCUCGGUCUGUAUCCCCACUCUUCCGAUGAUCAUUGGUUGCGCUUCAAUAUUAAUACUGCGUUCGUCCAUUAUUUGCACCAGCUGUUUAUUUUCAAUUGGGGAAUCAAUGCCACUCUAUCUAUCUAUCUAUCUAUCUAUCUAUCUAUCUAUCUAUCUUAGUCUUUUCAUAUCUCUCGUUCCACUAUGUAUCUACCUAUCUAUCUACACCCCAAACAUCUAUCUAUCUAUCUAUCUAUCUAUCUAUCUAUCUAUCUAUCUAUCUAUCUAUCUAUCUAUCUAUCUAUCUAUCUAUCCCAUUCUAUUUAUCUAUCUUUUUCAUAUCUCUCGGCUCCAUCUGUAUUUCUUUCUGUCAGUCUGUCUGUUUGUCUGUCAAUGCCUUCGUCUUUUCAUAUCUCUCGUCCAUGUCUGUCUGUCUAUCUAUCUAUGUCAUAGCCUCAUCAUAUCUCUCAUCCAUAUCUGUCUGUCUUUCUAUCUAUCUAUCUAUCUAUGUCUUAUUCUUUUUAUAUCUCUCAUCCAUAUCUAUCUAUCUAUCUAUCUAUCUAUCUAUCUAUCUAUCUAUCUUUUAUUCUUUUCAUAUCUCUCGUCCAUAUCUAUCUAUCUAUCUAUCUAUCUAUCUAUCUAUCUAUAUAUCUAUCUAUCUAUCUAUCUAUCUAUCUAUCUAUCUAUCUAUCAUCUAUCUUAUUCUUUUCAUAUCUCUCGUCCAUAUCUAUCUAUCUAUCUAUCUAUCUAUCUAUCUAUCUAUCUAUCUAUCUAUCUAUCUUCCACAAAGUACAGAGUUAAAUACUUAGUCUCACAGUAA